GCACCUACGGUAGCCGAGGUAGACCAAACCGCACCGCGUCGUAACCACGCGUGUUUCUUUUUGCGGUGUUCAACGACGAGUCGACUACUCGCGUCUGUGUUUUAGAUAUUAAUUGAUAAAUGUUGAAAUGAAGCCCGACACGACUGAGGCUGUUGACGAUGACUGCGCUUUACUGGAACAAAUUUUGGAUACGUUAUACGACAUUGGAUCCGUGAAAACGAAGAAAAAGAAAAAAAGAUGCCAGGAAGAAGCUAGUCCUGAAGACGUUGUUAAAGUUGAGACUUUUGAUGAAGACCAAGGUGGAGGACAGAAACCCUCCGAGGUGCCUGUCCACAAUCAAGGUCCAGCUGUAAAUCCGGUGAGUGACGUGGAGGUGGUGACCUUUCAGGACCCUGCCAAGAGACAAAAGACCCAACAGAUGCCUGCUGGAGAUGAAACAAUUCUGCAGAAGGUUUCAGAAAUGUUACAGAGUGCUCCACAACAGGGUGUCAGUUUUGAGAAGGCUCGACUGGAGGUGCAUCGCUUCGGCAUCACAGGCUACAAAAAGGAGCAGCAGCGAGUCUAUGAGAAGGAGAGAGCCAUCAUGUUGGGCGCACGACCUCCCAAGAAGAACUAUUUGAACUAUAAAGUGCUGCAGCAGCAAAUCAAGGACAAGAAGACGGCACAAAAGGAGGCGGUGAAGUCGGACUCGAAGAAAAAGAAGAAGAAUCCAAGCAGGGACAACAAGAAGAAGACGCCGGCGUCUGGCUCGUCCUCGGCGCCCACUGGUCAGGUGGGGCGCUUCAAGGACGGCAUACUGAUCCUCAGCCAAAAGGACAUUAAGACCAUGAAGAGCAAGAUGCAACGCAAAUGAGGCAAAAUAGUUUUUUCCCAUAUGGAGGAAGGAAGAAUUCAGACUCUCAAUACAAAGAUGGCCGCACCUUUGACCUCAACCCAGGUGAGGUCGCAUCUGACACGGACCAAUAAUGGAUUUACCUAAGUGAUCUCCCAAAAGUGGAUUUUCAAAAGUAUACAGAGUAAAACCGAAGAAUCAUCAGAAAGUCUCGCGCGACUUCAAGUUUUAGUGUAGCGAACAAACAAAAGCUGAAACGACAGGAAAAAACUGUGUGCGCCAAACUGGACUCUUCUUUUGUCUUUAAAUCCAUCACAGGUCAUUUAUUUCUCUUUUUUUUUUUUGUUAUACAAACAACUCAAAAGAAAA